AUGGGCUCAUCGACAUCGAAAGUCGGCCGUGCUACCCCAGUAGCUGCAAGACGAUACCCAGUGCGAGAUCAGAAUCGCGGACCAGCGAAUCUAAGCCAAACGAAGCAACAUGCGAAGUUGCCAAGUGGCAGCGGCAAAAAGGAACACGCAAUAAUAGCGGAUGGAAGCGAUCCCGACUUCUCACAUGGCGAUUUCUCCCGUCGACUUCAGCAAAUGGGUGUAGUACAACCAAAUCCAACAUUCUCCCCAUCGUCAACAGCCAAAACACACAUGCGACAAGAAUUGAGCGAUACACCAAAGUACGCAUUAUCUAGUCAUAAUGCUACGUUGUCGGUCCUUGAAGCCCGUGAAUUCCUUCAACAGCAGGCAGAUGAUGACACCGCCAAGGUUGGUCAGACGAGAAGCCAUGGCAGAAGAUUUGUGGAUAUGAGGACGUUGAUCGAUAGCUUGAGACUGAGAGACCAGGGCGUUCCUUACACGGCAAUCGAGGAACGUCUGAAACUCCAGCCGGGCACCCUCGGAAGACUUGGUCGUCGUGGCAUUCUUGCGCACCUCUCGAAAGCCUUGUAA